UUGUGGCGCGAACAAUUCCAUUAUUUAAUAUAACUUAUUUUGACAACUGAACUCUUACAAUAAUGUAUUUACAUAGCCGAAUUUUCAGAGCUUCACGAAUUGGGUUGCACAUCUGGUUCUAGCAUUUUUGCAGCGCAUCAUUUUAGAGCUUCUUCUGGGUCGUGUGCCAACAAAAUAGAAAACGGAAGACUCUAAAUAAAUACAAUAGCCCAAAAAUGCUGAAGCAGCUGAAUAAACUGAAUUGAGACGAUUCGAAACUAGAAGACUUAGAGAUAAUCUUGAUUAUAGUUAGUGAGUCGUUUAAGUUCAAUCGGAUCGGUUCAUCAUGUCGCAGAAGGGAUCGAAAUAUUUUUCAAUCAUGGGACGAGGUCUCGUACCAGUUCUGGCUGCAACUCUAAUAUUGUUAGUCGUGGUGUCCACAAUUCAAGACCUCUCAAUUGUUUUAAAUGGAUCCUACGGCUUACAUACAUUCAAAGCAAAAAUUGUUUCAAAUGAGAAUGUUAUAGAGGAUAUUCUAUUUUCGAGCUCACAACCUCCGCCAGGACGCAGCAUUUUCUUUCAUGAGACCACCUGCACUCAUCCAGAUUCACAUUUCAAUAUUAUGAAUCUGACGGCACGUCAAGCCUGUGCCAUAGAAUCUGCUGCUCUGAACAAUCCCAAUCUGCAAGUCUUCACUCUGUUUUCCUGUCCCACUUUCCGACCACUUUUCGGCCGUCAAAAACUUCUCGUCGAUGCUAUUGAGAGCUAUAAGAAUGUGAACUUUUGCCAUUUAAGUGUUAGGAACUAUGCUAAGGGCACUCUUAUUGAGGAUUGGCUCAGAAAAGGCGAUUUGUUUUCCUCUAGAUUUCCGAUGCAACACUUAUCUGACUUGCUCCGUCUCAUAAGUCUUUAUCGGUUUGGGGGCAUCUAUCUAGACUUGGAUGUUGUCGUCCUGCGAAGUUUGGAGAAAUUGCCUUUGAACUAUGUGGGAGCCUAUGAUAAUAUCACUCUGGGCAACGCAGUCAUCAGUCUAGCACCCGAUGGAAUGGGUCAUGAGGUUGCUGAACUGUUUUUGCAGCACUACCAAAAAUAUUUUAAUGGUGAGAACUAUGUACAAAAUGGACCGACCCUCGAAACUACCGUCUUGACACAAUUCUGUGGCAACAACCUGGUUAAGGCCAUGCAAGACGGUCGCAAGAGCUGCAAAGGAUUUAGAAUUUUUAAUUCGACUGCGUUUUAUUCAAUUCCUUGGACGCAUUUCACUGAGCCUAAAUAUCUGGAGGAAACUAUGGCAAGAACUAAAGAUUCGUUUCUCGUACACAUAUGGAACACGGCAUCCAGUGUAGGCCGCGUCGAAGUAGGCUCUAAUAGUGCGUAUGAAAAGUAUGCGGAAAAGCAUUGUCCCAGGACCUAUGUGGCAGCUGGUGAUUAUAUCUAAGACGUUUCAUUUAGCUUUACUAUACUCUUUGAUGGGUUAACAACAGGCACAUAUUUGUAUACAUUAAAUGUAGAUAAUUCAGAAAUGAGUAAACGAGUGUC